CGGCAGCUGGUCUGUGCAAGGGCUGGUCGGCGCACUGCAGCGGGUGUCAGAGGAACAAGAUGAACCGGAGCGAAAGCUGCAAGAGACGGAGGUCCUGCACCCCUGAUAGAGGGGACGCUGACAGAAGGACCCCCGAGAGGGAAGCUUUGCUGUUUAAAAAAUCGAAUUUCCACGAAUGGGACGUGGAGGAUGUCUGCAGCUUCCUGCGGAUGCAGGGCUUGGAGAAGUUCGAGCAGUUUUUCAGAGGUGAGAGAUUAUCCGGUGCUACCUUGCCCUUUCUGACGAAAGAUGAUUUGGAACAGUUGGGCGUGAGCACCUUGGGAGAUCGAAUACAUCUCCUCAACUGUAUUGAUAAGCUCUGGCAGAGCCCGAUUGAGGCAAAGGUGUUCAACGACCCGAUCCACGGCCACAUUGAGAUGCACCCGCUGCUUGUCCGCAUCAUAGACACCCCGCAGUUCCAGCGUCUCCGCUUCAUUAAGCAGCUCGGUGGGACGUACUUUGUGUAUCCUGGGGCUUCCCACAACAGAUUUGAGCACUCCAUCGGUGUGGCGCAUCUGGCAGGAGAACUAGUGAAAGCUCUGUCUGGGCGGCAACCGGAACUUCGGAUUAACCAUCGGGACAUCCUGUGUGUUCAGAUCGCCGGACUCUGCCACGAUCUAGGUCAUGGGCCAUUUUCACACCUGUUUGAUGGAAAAUUUAUCCCUUUGACGCGGAAAGGAUUGAAAUGGAAGCACGAGGAUGCUUCGUUAACCAUGCUCGAUCACUUGAUCUCCUCCAAUAAUUUGAAAGAGGUGCUGCAGAGCUAUGGUCUAGUGUUGCCAGAAGACCUGGAGUUUAUAAAGGAGCAGAUCCGAGGUCCAGCACCAAGCAGUCAAGGAGUGAGUGAUGAUUCUAAGGGCUCGGCGUGGCCGUACAAAGGCCGUCCUCGGGAGAAAGGCUUUCUGUAUGAAAUCGUUGCCAACAAGCGAACUGGGAUCGAUGUCGAUAAGUGGGAUUAUUUUGCCAGGGACUGUCACCACCUUGGAAUCCAGAACAACUUUGACUUUCAACGCUUCCUCAAGUUUGCUCGAGUUUAUGAAGUCAAAAAGAUGAAGGUCAUAUGCACUCGAGAUAAGGAGGUUGGUGACCUGUACAACAUGUUCCACACGCGCAACACCUUGCAUCGCAGGGCCUAUCAACACAGAGUGAGCAACAUCAUUGAGAGCAUGAUCACAGAGGCGAUGGUGCUGGCUGAUCCGCACAUCCAGAUCAGCGGAACAGGUGGGAAGCUGUGUCGCAUGUCAACGGCCAUUGAUGACAUGGAGGCUUACGCCAAGCUCACAGACAAUAUCUUCGAAGAGAUCCUGCAUUCCUCUAAACCUGAGCUGAGAGAGGCACGGGAAAUCCUGAACAACAUCAUUUGCCGCAGACUGUACAAAUGGAUCGGGCAGACACAGCCUGCGGCAAAGACAAUAAUUGAAGAGAGUUUUGACGAGCUGGCUGAUCAAGUGGUUGCAGCCCUUCCAUCAACGCCUGUGGAGGUUCAACUCCAGGCGGAAGAUUUCAUUGUAAAUGUUGUUCAGAUGGACUAUGGAAUGAAGGGGAAAAAUCCCAUUAAUAAGGUCCGAUUCUACUGCAAGAAUAACCCCAACAAGACGGUCAAAAUCAGCAAAGAGCAGGUAUCUCAGCUGCUGCCGGAGCAGUUUACAGAGCAGCUGAUCCAAGUGUACUGCAAGAAGACCGAUGAGAAGAGUGUGCAGGCUGCCCGGAAACACUUUGUCCAGUGGUGCAUCAACAGGAACUUCACCAAGCCCAGGGAUGGCGAUGUUCUUGCCCCUGAGCUGACACCACUGAAGGCCGAUUGGAACAACAGUGACAGCGAUGAAUCUGAGCCCAGGGUUGACGUUCAAUCGUAUCGUCGUAUGAAUAGCGACAAAACCAGGAUGCAGCUCUUUAAGUAGGAAGUGUGGGAAUUUUCUGUGAAUCCUGGAAUCUUUUUACCUCCAGUCGUUGUGUUGUUGUACUUUCAUAGCUUCCUUGGGUCUUUUCCAAUUGGCAGCUUUUGGAACUCUUGCUUGAAUGGGGAAAAGCAAUCUUCAUGCAAAGAAAUCCAAAUCUAAAUGACUUCAGAGAAAGUCAGUUGAGAAGAUUUGAUUAUUUUAUAAAACAAAAUGUAGUUGAACAAUUGCUUUCCUGUACCAGUUGGGAUCUAACUGCAAACUGUAAACUAUAUAGCUUGAUGUGUCUAAAAGAGCUUCCACAUGAACGUUGAAGAGUGUGGAUUGUGUUCACGCCAGAGGAUGAAGCUUUUAUCCCGUUCUGAUUGUAAUGUUUAUGGAUACUUCCAGCUAAAUGAAGCACUAAAAUGGGACUUACUGUGGCACCAUUGGGGCAUUAGCCAUUCCUGCCUGUAGGAAUAAUGCCUUUUCAAGCUUGGAAGAAAAACAAGCCACUGUUUUGUCAUUCAAGGUGUUUGUCACUACAUCAUGAAAAAACUGGUACAAGCAUGUUGGACAUACUUGCUUGUAACUAUACAUGUUAUAGCUUUGUGGGAUUAUGCCAUGCACUUUGUGUUUCUUAAUAUAUUGUAUCACUUUAGCCCACAGUCUAAUGUUUAUCAAUGCAAACUUAAAAUAUUUGACUCAACUGAAAUGUUGGGAAAAUCAGAUGGGUCUUUAGUCUGCACUGCAGACACAAAUGGAGAGGGGCUGAUUGCAAUUGGAUUUCCCCAAUUGACUUGUUGCUGCCUAAUACAUGAAUGUUGCUGUGGGAGUUCAAUGGUGACUGUGUGGCCAGUAAUGGACAUCCUGGUCCAAGCAAUAGAUGCCUCUGUACUGUGGCAGGUCUUGCCUGUAACCUGUUUAGAGAGCUGUUUGUCCAUUUAAAUAUUUUAGCAGGAGUCGGCAGAUGAGAAUCAAGGUUUGACCAAAUAAUCAUUUUUGGGAUUGAGGCUACAUAUUGCUUUACCACUUUUUAAUAAUGAUAGGUGGAGUUGCCUACUUUUUAGUAUACUCAGGGUGUUUUUAACAUGUCAAAAAACAGCUAGUUUUGCAAUAUAGAAGUCAGUGCACUAAACACUUCUGCAAAUUGCUUGACAACUUUUAAAUCAUGGCUUUUAUAAACUUAAAUUCAAGCCAAACUUCUUUUCUCCCACCUUUGUUGGUCACUUACUGUUCAACCAUUUGCAGGGUGACUGUUGAAACUGGAUCAGUGUUUCCAGGUUUCAUUGUAGAACAAUAUUGAUUUCUGAUCAAUAAUGGAGGGUUUUUAAUCCAAUGCGUCUUGUUUGAGAAUUUCAAGUAAGUGGGGGGCGGGUGGGAAGCAUCACCUGAAAUCUUUUGCAGACUCAGAGGAAUUCAGUGUUUAUAGAUGAGUAUUCAGAAUCUUCCUACUCUUCGCUAUCAAACCCCACCAUCCCCACCCAAGCUAUUUGAUUCCCAGCCCUGAACUAUAAGAUCAUAGGAUUCUUCACUCAAGCACAACAUGUGGAGAUCUUUGUUCUGAGAUCACAAAGAUCUGAGCCCUGCAGAAGUUUGAAACUAGGCAAUAUUGGAAGCCAAAUUCUCUAAGGUUGAUCACUUGGUUAUUUCCCAAAGUCUAGGAUGGUUUGUUUCCAUGGGGGUAAAUGGGAAGGUUAUAUUCAGUCCUUCACACUGAAUUGUGUUUUUGUAUACAGUAAACUAGUGCAUGCACACACUGGUUACCUACUGCAAGUAACGUUGGCCAACUGCUGCCCCCUCUUCUUCCAAGCUUAUUCUAGUGUAAUCAUAGCAUUGUAUAAGUGUAGUGGUGGGAAUUAUGCAAGUGGUUCAGUUGGCAACAGGGAUCUAGUAAACCCACAGUCAAGAGAAAUAAGAAAUUGUAGACACGAGAUUCUGCAGAUGCUGCAAUCUGGAGCAACGCGCACAAAAUGCUGGAGGAACUCAGCAGGUCAGGCAGCACCUAUGGAAGUGUAGCGGUUAGGGUAACGUGAUUACAGCGCCAGUGACCUGGGUUCAAUUCCAGCCACUGUCUGUAAGGAGUUUGUAUGUUCUCCCCGUGACUAUGUGGGUUUCCUCUGGGUGCUCCAGUUUACUCCCAUAUUCCAAAGACGUACAUGUUAGGAAGUUGUGGGCAUGCUAUAUUGGUGCUGGAAGCAUGGCGACACUCGCGGGCUGCCCCCAGAACACACUACGCAAAAGAUGCAUCUCACUGUGUGUUUCGAUGUACGUGACUAAUGAAGAUAUCUUAAAUAAACAGUCGACGCUUCGGGUUAAGACGCUUCAUCCAGUCCUGAUGAAGGGUCUUGACCCAAAGCAUUGACUGUUCAUUUCCCUCCACAGAUGCUGCCUGACCUACUGAGUUCCUCCAGCAUUUUGUGUGUGAAGUAAGAAAUUGUGGACCUUUGUGAAAUUCAUGAAAUUGGGGAAAUGGAAUGGGAGAAUGAAUUCCGAGACUGUGACCCAUGGAGUUUGGUGUCCCUACUGUUAAUUCUUCAGGGGUGUUAAUGAUGGACAACUUCUCCCCAUUCCACCCCUUCCCAAAUUAGCAUGGAAGUUCAUUUUGACAAAACGUGGUUCCAUGUGGGAGAAGGGAGAAUGUUCUGAUUGACCAGCACAAGAAUGUUGUGGGUGGUCUUCAUGGUAAUAGGUUAGGUUUGUAGACGAUACAAGCUCACUUGAUAACACUGUGGUGUGCAGCUGAUACCAGCUGUCUCUGAUUUUUGUGCUGUCCAAGGCACUGUUGACGUUUAGUGCUGAGCUGAGUUUUUUUCUCCCCCACGAGUUGUCUCAGAUGAGUUUAAAUGUGCUAAAUAAAUGUCAGUUGUUUACUGGAACCAAGGCGUUCUGCCAGCUGAAGCUGGCCUUUGCCCAGAGGAGCAGAGAGAGAGAUGCAAGAAUGGAUUCGUCCACUGUGCAUGGCUCAAUUUAUUGCAGGAGGUGGGAGAGUAUUAUCUCUGGAGCUCUGGCUGCAACACUAUGUAUAUAAAUUGCCUUAUUGGGGUUUUUCAGGGGUAGUAUGAAUGUAUAAGGUUUUUACCUUUGGACAACUGAAUGUCAUUUUCUUCCCUUCGUUUCAUUGGAUAGUGAGAAAUAUUUUUGUGACAGUUGACCUUGGAUCACGUGGCUCCAUCAGCCCUGUUUUAAGAGGUCUCUGCUGGAGUGAGGUUGCGUAAUCAUUUAGCAGUUAAUUGUGUUUUCUUUGUCUCUAUGUAAUAUUUAAUGUAUGACCUAUUCCUUGAAAUAUAUAGAGACCUAGUUUGUGGAAUAUCAAUAAAAUUGUG